AUGUCUGCAGGCAAUGGAGCAAAGCAGCCUGUAGUCUGCAUCUUCUGCGCAUCCUCACCAGGCAAGAAUCCAGCACACUUGGCAUCUGCUCGCGAUCUAUCCACUUCUCUAUCCGAUGCAGGCUACAAGUUAGUCUACGGUGGUGGAACCAUGGGCAUCAUGGGAGAAAUUGCAAAGACCUUCGUGGCCGGCUCAGGUCCCGACAGCGUCGACGGCAUAAUCCCUCGCGCGUUGAUCCGCACCGAGAAAGACCCAAGCCUACGCAACGACAGCCCUUCACCCGGACCAGGCGCAGAUGUCAAGCAGGCCGAACGUGUGAUGCCAAAAGACCAAUUGAAGAGAACAAACACAGCUGAUACUAUACCGCAAUCAGAGUUUGGAAACACCAUAAUCGUCCAGGAUAUGCACGCUCGCAAACGCAUGAUGGCAGACCGUGUGGUUGCUGGUGGGCCAGGAUCGGGGUUUGUGGCAUUGGCUGGUGGCUAUGGCACAAUCGAGGAAGUAAUGGAGAUGGUCACUUGGAACCAGCUGGGAAUUCACAAAAUGCCCAUCAUAGUAGUGAACGUGGAUGGGUAUUGGGAUGGACUGCUGCAAUGGGUCAGAAGAAGUAUCAGUGAAGGUUUUGUCGCACCUGGUAACGCUGACAUCUUGGUCGAGGUCAAGGACCCGAGUCAAGUCCUGGCAGCGCUGCAGGACUACAAGGUUGCCCAAGGACGCUUCAACCUGGACUGGACGAAGGAGUAA